GCUGUAGAGGUCCUCAGUGGUCAGUUACUGGGCUAUUAUUCUCUUCAUGUUGUAAUGUUUAAUUUAAAUUUGAAGGAACAAAGUAGAUACAGAACAAAAUGGCUGACUCAGGAGAUGGAGAUCUAGACCUUGUCAUUAGGACACCUUGUAUAAACAGUAUCCCGAUGUCCAAGGGGCGCUACUCUGUUUACCUUAAACUGGAGAACCUUCAGAUACCAGGCUCUUUUAAACAAAGAGGAAUCAGUCACUUCUGUAAAAAGGCAGUAAAGAAUGGGGCCACCAGGUUCGUUUGUGCCUCUGGUGGAAAUGCAGGACUAGCUGUUGCCUACUCCGCUCACUGUCUGAAAGUGCCAGCAACAAUCGUCCUUCCUACAACAACGCCAGAGUUAGUCGCCAAUAAAGUCAGGGACAUGGGAGCCAUUGUUGAAGUACAUGGAGAUGUCUGGGAUGAAAGUAACGAAUAUGCCCAGAAACUGGCCACAGACCCAGGCUGUGUGUAUGUACACCCAUUCGAUCACCCAGAUGUUUGGGAAGGUCACAGCCCUAUGAUUUUAGAAGCAAAGGAACAGAUGCCUUGUCAGCCAGACGUGGUUGUGACAUCAGUUGGGGGCGGGGGACUGCUGACAGGGGUAGUGCAGGGUAUGUGGAAGGCGGGAUGGAAUGAUGUUCCUUUGGUCGCCAUGGAAACCGAGGGGGCAGAGAGCUACAAAAAGGCAGUAGAAGCUGGGAAACUUGUAACCUUACCAGCCAUUACCAGUGUUGCUAAAAGUCUAGGAUCAUUGACUGUGUGUGCUGCAUCCCUUGAAAAGUCGACUCAACAUAAAAUCUAUCCUGCAUUAGUAACAGAUGAACAGGCCGUGGAUGCCUGUAUCAAAUUCUCAGAGGACCACAGGAUGUUAGUGGAGCCCGCUUGUGGUGCUAGUCUAGCAGCAGUAUACAGUGAGGUCAUUCCUCGUUUACAGAAGGAGGGGAAACUAGGCGUGGUGAACUCCGUCCUGGUCAUUGUGUGUGGAGGAAGUGCAGUUACUAUCGACAAACUCCAACAAAAAUUUGGACUACCAGUUGUUUGAUGAUAUGGAUAACAUAGAAAUUCUCAUAAAAAAUUUCAACCACAAAAUUAUGUAUAAAUUAUGCAUUGUUUGCUUAUUGAACCAUAUCAAUGUAUUUACUGUAUCUUGUUUUAUUGACUUGACACAAUGUUAGAUGAUUAUUGUGUACCUAAGCUUUAAAAUAGGUAUAGAUGAUAAGUUUCUACUUGUUUGUUUGUUUUUGUUUAACGUCCUAUUAUCAGCCAGGGUCUACUAUUAUGUAUAAUUUCUAUUAAGAAAUGUGAAAAAGUUAAAGGAUAGCAUUGCUAUCUAACAAAAUCAUUAGUCCCAGGUGAUUUUUGAUAAAAAUUGUUUUAAUAAUUAUGUGAAAUCAGUAUCAGGUAACUAGGUAGCCAUGUUUUGCAAAUGAUUUAUUUUUACACUGAUUUAUUUUACAGGGUGUGUUCAUGUGGCUGGGGAGUGUUGAUGAUUUUGUAUUAAUCACUGAAUUAGAGGCUGUGCCAUACCAUUAGGAUUAGAUUACUGGAUUGUUAGCACCUCAGUCUUAACCUAAAACAGGGACCAUGUCUUGUUUACUAUAAUUGCAUUUUUAUGAGGAAUUUUACUGAUUUAUCAGAUGUGGAAUUUUAUUGUUUUAUUAGAUGUGGAAUUUUAGUGUUUUAUUAUCAGAUGUGGAUUUUACUGAUUUAUCAGAUGUGGAAUUUUGCUGAUUUAUCAGAAGAGGAAUUUUACUGAUUUAUCAGAUGUGGAAUUUUACUGGUUUUAUCAGAAGAGGAAUUUUACUGAUUUAUCAGAUGUGGAAUUUUACUGGUUUUAUCAGAUGAGGAAUUUUACUGUUUCAGAUGAUGUAUAACUUGUCUUGUUUCACAUUUCAACACUUUAAUAGCUUGUUGAACAGUAUCAUUCCCGGUCAUGUUUUAAAGGCAAUUUCUUUUUACCCAUUCAGCCGAUGUUUAAUACUUUGUCUUGAUAUUAUUUUCUAUAUACAUUGUAAAUCCGGUGUUCACAUCAUACAUGGUAUCAUUCUCCAAAUAAAGGGAACACAAUGAAAAAAACUUU